AACCCGCUUCACUUGCCAUUUAUCGAUAUAUUCCGGUUUCACCAUCCCUAGGUUGGAUUGAAUCAAUAAACGCGGAAAAUAAAAAUAUUUACAUUCUUUACGAGCUUGUUUAUAGUUUCUGAAAUAUGGCUAGCAAAAGAAAACAUCCUUCGUCGAGCAAAGUCCAGGAUGAGUCCGUUAAAAAGCACACGCUUGACUCAGAUGAAGAGGACUCCGACGACUACGAGAGGGAAUAUCUAAAUGAUAGUGAUAUUGAGGGAGGAGAAGAGGGCAUUGCGAAAGUUGAAGAUGAUGUGAAGGUAACGCCUUUCAACAUGAAGGAAGAACUGGAGGAAGGCCAUUUCGACAAGGAUGGGCACUAUCAUUGGAACAAGGAGACCGAGGCCAAAGACAAUUGGUUGGACAACAUUGAUUGGAUGAAGAUCGACCAACAGAAGAACGCCUUCGAUCCAGCUAAAGACAACCAGGAUUCUAAUUCCUCGGAUGAUGCGCUUGUACCUGCGGAAAAUGCCUUUAACUUGUCAGCGAAUUUGACAAAAAUGUUGGAGUAUAUGAAAGAAGGAGAAACUGUUAAAAUGACACUACAGCGACUAGGAAGCCAGCGGCCAGUUCUAACCACUUUGCAAAGAAUUAAGCAAAAGAAAGCUGGAAUUGUUGAUACCAAGACACAGGAAAUAUCCAAGCUAACCGAACUGGCCAACGAGAUACUCUCGAAAACCGGUAACAUGGACAUUUAUGAAGAGACCUAUGAGGGUAUCAAGGCAAAGAUAGCUGAUCUUCCUGGCACAAGUAAACCUAAAGCUGCCGAUGAUAUUGACAUGUAUGCUGAUGACUUUGAAUCAAAAGAGUUGGAGCGAUCCAAAGUCCCCACCGCUACAUCUACCCAAACAAUUUCUGCUCCCACGGAGAUAACGUGGGAGUUUAAAUGGACACAAAAUGAGGAAGAAAUUCAAGGUCCAUAUAGCACUGAGAAAAUGCUGAAGUGGUCCAAGGGAGAUUAUUUCAAAAGUGGAGUUUACGUUCGAAAAUGUGGCGAAAAUACAAACUUCUAUUCUAGUAACCGAAUAGACUUUGAUUUGUAUUUGUAGAGCUCAACAUGAAAUUGAAAAAUUUACUUUAGAUUCCCUGUACUAAAAAUAAAGAUUCAAAUUAUAUUAUUUUUGUGACAUAAAUUUAAAAAACAAAUAUGAAACGAUAGUCUAAACUUGAACAUUGUACUAACUAUCGAUAGGACUCACGGCAGAUUGAUUCCACCUCUAGCUGAAAAUUGUUUUAUGUUUAAUUAAGGUCUGAUAGUUCGGGUAUUAUCUGGUGUUAUGAGCUUUAAGUAAAACCAUAGUCGUUGGCGUCACCCAAGGACUUCGGCCCCUGUACAUUUGUUGUGAAAUUUACACACCACGUGCAAGAAAAACCUAUUAGUUUGUGCUUCUGUGUGGAAGCCCCAAUACCUUGUCAGUGGGUUCAACGGAGAAAAUAUUGUUUUGGAUCAGCCGCAACAUUUGCCAUAAUGACAACAAAGCACAUUUACUCCACGACCAAUUUAUCGGAUUUGCAGUUAAAGGAGCAAGGAAACUGCCUGUUCGCAGCUCGCAAAUAUGACGACGC